GGGCGGCCAGGCGUGCUGAGCCGCCGGAAGAAGGGCGGGCGCCGGGGUUUGUGGCUGCACCGCAGCAUCUGGGGCCGCACCCCGAACCCGCCAGGGCCCGGGCGAGAGCGACCGGGACACGGGCAAAGGCCACGGCGCGCCGGGAGGGUGGAGGCGCCGGGACACCCGGGCUGCGGCCCAGGAGGCUGGGCGCCGGUGGGCCUGGCUGCUGCCACCGGGCCGGCAUCAAAGCAGCGGCCGGCGAGCUGUAUCCUCGCCCGUGUCUGCGGGAAGCCGGUUCUGGGCACCCCUCCCAUUGUGGCCCCCAAAGCCCCGCUCCCGGGGGUGCGGCCGGGAAAGGAUACCUUGGAGGGGCGGUGGGUUCAUCUGGUGCCGCAGCACCCGCCCUAGGCCGCCUCUUGGGAAUUUGGAAAAGAUUCCCCGGUCCCGUCCGGAGGCCGAUAGUCCUCUGAGCUUCCGAAGGAAGCCUGCGUGAACGUUGGGCGUUUUUAAAAGAAUCAUUGUGUUGGGUGGGAAUGUGGUCUGUCUAUAAAAGGCCGGGAAAGAACAAAAUCCGUCACCCACGGCCCUUCUCUAAAGAGACACCCUCUGGAGCUGAAAGCCUCAAGAACGGGCUCUCUCACGCCCCCAUCUCUCGUCCUGCCAGCGUCCAAGGCCGGUCUGUUUUAAAUAUAUUUCCGCAAGUUCUGGAGUUCUAGCUGUAUGAUCAGUUUUCUGGGUCCCUCCUCUCCUGCCUUUUGCUCCUCUAGAAGAAUAUGAAGAGGCAUGUACUCAGACCUACUCAACCGGCCACCUCCCAAGCAGGCAGUACUUAAUUUCAGAAAGGAGUCACUUUUUCAGGGCUGUUAAAGCCACAUUAGCCUCUAGGAGCCCCCAGGUUCUGGUGCCGCAGGGACCAAAGUCCUCAGGCCAAAGUCCUGAGGGCAGGAGAUUGUGAUCAGAGGAGGACCAUACAACUGUGAGGCGUCUCAGCAGAGGCUCUGGCAGUGUCCUCCCCAGAAGUGGACAAGGCCAGUCGGGUGGCAUCAUCAUGCUACAGCAGCUCCUGAUUACCCUGCCCACUGAGGCCAGCACCUGGGUGAAGUUGCACCAUCCACAGAAGGCCAAGGAAGGGGCGCCCCUGUGGGAGGACGUGACCAAGAUGUUUGAAGGAGAAGCUCUGCUGUCUCAGGAUGCUGAUGAGACCCAGGGAGAAAGUUUAAAGGAUGAAGUGACUCCCAGGACCCGGACAACAGACUCCCAAGAACUGCUGACCUUCAAGGACAUAUCUGUGGACUUCACCCAGGAGGAGUGGGGGCAGCUGGCCCCUGCUCACCAGAAUCUGUACCGGGAGGUGAUGCUGGAGAACUAUGGGAACCUGGUCUCAGUGGUAGGAUGUCAACUUUCCAAACCUAGUGUGAUUUCCCAGUUGGAGAAAGGAGAAGCGCCAUGGAUGACAGAGAAAGAAGGCCCAGGAGAUCCCAGUUCAGCUGGUGGGAUCUUAGUUCCCCAACCAGGGUUUGAACCCGGGCCCUUGGCAGUGAGAGCAUGGAGUCCUAACCACUGGACCGCCAGGGAAUUCCCUGCUAUUUUAAAUGACUUGAAGAGUAAAACAGAAACAGCUGCAUCAACUGCAAAGAAUGACGUUUUACAGGAACAGUUCUAUCAUGGCAUGAUGAUGGAAAGGUUCAUGAGGGAUGAUGUCAUUUUUUCCACAUUGAGAAAAGUCUCAAAAUAUGAUCAUGAGUUAGAAAGCCACCAGGAUGGCCAUGGAAGAGACGUGAGACAAACCAUCUUGACCCAUAAGAAGAGAGGCCAAGAAACUUACAAAUUUGGCAAAAAUAUUGUGAGUUCAAAUGUUGUUAUAGAACAGAGGCACCAUAAAUAUGACACACCUAGAAAGAGAAACAAAUACAAAUCAGAUUUGAUUAAUCAUCCAACAAGUUACAUAAGAACAAAAACCUACGAAUGUAAUAUAUGUGAAAAAGUCUUCAAACAACCCAUUCACCUUACCGAACACAUGAGAAUUCAUACUGGUGAGAAACCUUUCAGAUGUAAGGAAUGCGGAAGGGCCUUUAGUCAAAGUGCAUCCCUUACCACACACCAAAGAAUCCAUACUGGUGAGAAACCCUUUGAAUGUGAAGAAUGUGGUAAAGCCUUCAGACAUCGCUCAUCUCUUAAUCAACAUCAUAGAACUCACACUGGUGAGAAACCCUAUGUAUGUGAUAAAUGUCAGAAAGCUUUCAGCCAGAACAUUAGCUUGAUCCAACAUUUGAGAACUCAUUCUGGAGAGAAACCCUUUACAUGCAAUGAAUGUGGGAAAACCUUUAGACAGAUUAGACACCUUAGUGAACAUAUAAGAAUUCAUACUGGGGAGAAGCCCUAUGCAUGCACCACAUGUUGUAAAACCUUUAGUCAUAGAGCCUAUCUAACGCAUCACCAGAGAAUCCAUACUGGGGAGAGACCCUACAAAUGUAAGGAAUGUGGGAAAGCCUUUAGGCAAAGGAUACACCUUAGCAACCAUAAAACUGUUCAUACAGGAGUGAAAGCGUAUGAAUGCAACCGCUGUGGAAAAGCCUACAGGCAUGAUUCAUCCUUUAAGAAACAUCAGAGGCAUCACACAGGAGAAAAACCUUAUGAAUGUAAUGAAUGUGGAAAAGCCUUCAGCUAUAAUUCAUCACUUACUCGACACCAUGAAAUACACAGGAGAAAUGCCUUCCAGAAUAAUGCGUAAAAACAGAUUAUUCAACAUGAACAAAAGCCAGGUCUAAAUCAGUGAUUCUGUGCUUCGAAUUUCAGGACUCUAAAUUGGAGGAAUUGACAUAAUGAUGCCAACUUCUAAUUUUGCCCAUUGUGUAAAUAAACAUUACAUUGAUAACUACUGUCUACUAAUAUCUCCACACAAAGUACUUAAUCAAGAAUAAAAGAUGGCCCUUCAAGUUAAAUUCAACAAUAUAGAAAAUUCACACAUUAUUACUUUUAUGAUUUCAUGGUAGCUUAAUAAAUUAUUCAUCAUGGGCAUUCGCUGAUUUACAGACCAGCAUUUGGGAACUACUGUUUAAAACAUUCACCACCCCUAUAUUUUUUUAAUUAAAAAAAAUUUUUUUAAUGGGGAAAACUCACAUGGUAUAAACUUCAAAAGGUACAGUCAGUUGUAUAAGUGAAAAGACUUCUUCCUCCAUCCCCCAUCACAAAAUUCUACCAGAGGCAACCAUUUUUUAUAACUAAGUUUUCUGUACACCCUUCCAGAGAUCUUUCCGUUUAAAUCCAAGAGAAUACAUAUAUACAUUUUUUACUUUUUAAGCAUAGAUGGCAGCCCCCCAUACAAACACAUAUUACUUUUAUUACUUCACUGUAUAUCAUGGAGGUCAUUCCAUAUCAGUAAACAAAGUGCCUCCUCAUUUUUUUUUUUUUUUUUUUGUGGUACGUGGGCCUCUCACUGUUGUGGCCUCUCCCGUUGCGGAGCACAGGCUCCGGAUGCGCAGGCUCAGCAGCCAUGGCUCAUGGGCCGAGCUGCUCCACGGCAUGUGGGAUCCUCCCGGACCGGGGCACGAACCUGUGUCCCCUGCAUCAGCAGGCGGACUCCCAACCACUGUGCCACUAGGGAAGCCCCUCAUUCUUUUUUUAUAGCUGAUAGUAUUCCAUGGUUUGAAUGUACUUUAGCCACUUCACUAUAGAUGGAUUUUUGAAUUUCCAAUCUCUUAUUUAUAUGAUAUUACAAUGAAUAGUCAUGCAUUUUUAUUUCUCACAAUGUAAGUACAUGCAUAGGGCAAAUUCCUAGAACAGGAAUUUCUGUGCUAAAGGGUAUGCACAUUUGUAUGAUGGAUACUGCCAAAUUGACCUUCAUAGAGGUUGGAUCAAUUUAUUUUCCCACCAGCAAGAUACAGAACUGUGGGAACCAUAUCUGGUGCUGAAGCAUCUCCUGAGGCAACAGCCCCAUCAUCCAUUAAAGAAGUAUCAGCUUCUCUCAAUAACAUAGCCUAGAAGUACCAGCCGAGCUGCAUCCCCAUAAAGAGCGGCACUUGCCAUCCCUGGAGCCAGAGAGAAAUCUGCAUGUUAUCAAAUAGUCAGACCAACCAAAGUCUCAGCUGGAGAAGGAGAAGACAUCUCUCCACCAACUGUUACAGCCCCUGACUUCUGAGUCUGGAACUGUCUGAUGAAGUAGAGUUCCUUUAAGGAGACUGAUCCACCUGCCUUAGCAAGUAUAAUCUUGGCUGCAACCCCUUUGGAAUGGAGGAAAACUGACAAUGGAGUCAGGGUACUUAAUAUAGCGGGAUAUACCACAGCUGAUUAACUGACCAUACAUAGCAUUUUACAGGAUGGCUGUGUUAGCGAGUUACAGUUCACAUGUGGAAGGAGACAGAAACGAGGUAGGACACGACUUUCUAAUUAAUAAACAGUAAUUAAUGAAGAGAGCAUUAAUUAAUUAGUUGACAUUGCUUAUUAUGUGUGAAAGCUGACUGCCAAGGUCAGGACCACAGUAAUUUUGUAUAUGUUCAUUUUUCAUUCCGGUAAAGUUUUAUUAAAGUUUUAGUGAUUCUCUGAAAUGUUGA